UCAGAAUGGUACGCCAAAAUGUAGCAGGCAGCAUUGCGAUUUGCCCACUUGCAAGAAAAUUCAAGACAUAAAGCGGAAGAAAGAAAAGGUCAACCUUUCAGACUUCUGCUGUUCGUCGAAGGAUUGCAGAAAGUUGCGACAUAAGAAGAAACACGCAUUGACGAGUUAAUUGAUUUUCGAGAAAAAAUUUAGUUCGGUGGAAGAUAUUCUUCGCAUGGAAACUCCGGGUUUCGGCCCAGGUUACCUAUUUACCAAAGAAGACUGAGACAGUUGUAAGGUGUCUGAAGAGCUGUCGUAACUUAUUUUUACUAUAAUUUUACUUUGGGCUCAACUGACUGUGGAAAUGAACUCUUUCCAAGCACAUUGCAAGUUCUGUUGGAAAGAUUUUUUAUUCCACAUCAGUGUUUUGUAUAUUUCUUAGAGUUUAAAACAUGGUUUCAGUGUGGCAGCUGAAUUGAACGAAUUGCGAUUUCUGAGCUGCGAAUUCAAAUUGAAUGUGAAUUGGAAUUGGACGAUAUUUAUCAUGGUGGGCUGCCAUGCUAGACGAUUUAUUUAUUUGACACAUUGUAAAUUAUUCCAUAGUUUUUAAUGAGUUUCUACUGGCUAGAUACUCCUCUGUGAGUUGUGGCUUAUCAGAAAAAUAUGUUUGAAGAGGUAGAAUUUUUCGAAUAAACCACAUCUCCCAAAUACUCAUUAGAGAAGAAGGCUGAUAGAAACAUGGGGAAGACACCAAAAGCCCUGACGUAUUGUAUAAUAUUUAUACUUUUAUUUAUUUGUAUUUGUUGAUUAAACAAAAAGAAACCGUAUGAAAUUAUUUUACGUUUUGAUGUUUUCCCCCUUUUCAUUUUGAUGUUGUUUUUACUUAAUUUUCAAGUAAGACAUAUCAAAUUUUGGUGCCAUCAAGUUGUGGUAGGGUGUUAAGAGGAUUAAGUCGUUAAAAGGUACUUAAGGGAUUCUUGCGAAGGUUAUCAAAGUGCGAGUAAAUUUAAUGAAAAUCUAGUCUCUGAUUUUGUAGCGUAUAUUAGAGGAACUCAAAUUAUUAAUUAAAAUGUAAACACUUAUUCGGUCAAAAUAGCAUCAGUUAUAGUUAAGUGUGUUAUUUCGCUGUGGAUAAGAGCGUAAUUUUUGUUUUUCUUCUCAUCAAAAAUAGUUAUCAAUCAUCAAGGAGACGGUUUAAAUUGAACUACUUAUCGUUUUUUGACCGAAUUCAGCAAAUACCUGUAUUGUGAUGUUGAUAGUAUCACUUAAUACCUUGAAGCACCAACCAAAGAAAUGGAAGAAUGAAGAACAUUUUUUGUUUUUAGUAAAUCUGAAGAUUAAAGUUAUUUCCAUGUUUUUCAUGAGCCGUAUGAGUUUUUCAAAAUCUUACAACAAAUGUUAAUUGCAGUGCAACUUUAAGGUUGAUUAUGUAAAUUUGCCAUUGAAAUAACAAUUACUCGUAGGUAUUUGCUGAAAAGUAUUGAAGUAGAGCGCACCUAGAUAUAAAAUUACAUAGAUGCUAGAAAACUUAAUAAUAAUAUUAGAAGCAUUUAUAAAAUUAAGCAUGUUCAAAUGUAUGGAAACAUUUCGGAAUCUCCUUUGCAAUAUUUCAGUAUUUGCUAAAUUAUUCUAGUUUAGAAUUAGGUAGUAUGAAUGUGAUGUUCGUUAGAUAGCAUUAUUGAGGUUUAUUUUAUUGUAUAUAGACUAUCAUUAAUUUGUAGGUAAUAAAAUGUAAGCCAUUCAGUCGCGAGUAUUUAAGUUGUAAGAUUGUACUAUAAUAUUGAUUAUGAUAUAUAUGGGUCAACCACUUUGCAUUUGGAGAUAUUUGUUAAGGAUCACGUAUAAUAAUAUUUUGUGAAUAUUUUAUCGAGAACGUGUUAGCAAGUGCAGUGUAACAGUACGACUAUAUGUUUAAAUCUUGUACCUGCUUUAGGUCAUAAAUAUAUGCUUUAUUAAUACA